AUGGUGAUCACUAGGUCGACGCGGCCUCAGGCCAGUGUCCAAUACAGGUCAAGUAAAAGAUCUCCGCAGAAGAAUUCUGCUGGUAGUGGAAUUAAAAAGCAUCCAGAAAGCAUGAAGGAAUCUCACCUUGAUGACCAAAGUACCAGUGAAUCACAAAGCACUCAGAAACAUAGCCCAGUCCCUAGAAUGCCUAAAUCCAAGAGGAAAAGCAAAACUGAAGUUUCAUUACCAGAGAUGAUUGAACCAUCUACUGAUGGAGAGACUUCUGAAGCAGAGUCAAAUUGUUCUUCUGUCUCUGAGCUCCAGGAUCCCAUUGUAAGGGUGACUAGGAGAAGGAAGAUCUUAGUUUCAUGCACUCCAAUGUCAAGUGUGAGGAAAAGGCUGAAAAUAACUCCAAUAAGUGAGUCUCAUACUGAAGAAGAAGUCUCUGAAGCAGAAUCUCAUGUUUCAGGUAAUUCUACAUUUGUACCAUCCACAGUAAUAACUACAAGAACCAAAAGAAGGGAGGCUAAAUUGCCAACAGAUCCAAGUCAAGAAUCACAUGCAGAAGAUAUUUCUGAUGCAGAGUCAUCAUGCUCAGACAUUUCUUCAUUUUCAGGAGUUGCAGUUAGGAGAACAACAAGGAGUAUGCACAGGAAAUUACAGGCACAAACUGAGGAGAAAGAUACUAAGAUUGUACCAAGAAAUGAAAAGCAAAAUUGUAAAGGUUUAGAUGAAGAGGCCAAAAUAAAUAAUGGAAAAGAAAUUAGUGAUAAAAGUUCUCAGUUGAAAAAUCUUUCUGAGCUUCAGGAUACUAGCCUUCAACAAUUAGUUUCUCAAAAGCAUUCAACUCCCCAGAAUAAUAAAACCACCACAUCAGAACCCUCAAAUCUGAACUUAGAGGCUGUAAUGAAAUCAUUAUCUCAGACAUUUGCAGUAGUGGAAAUGGAUAGAUGGGAUGAAGAGAGAGAGAACACCUUAAAAACAAGUGAUUUGACACAGUUUGGUGAUGAUGAUGAAAAGUGUACUGUUAAAGGUGUGAUUGAAGACAUGAACAAUAAAAGGAAUGUAAAUUUUGAAUGUGAAACCAAGUCUAGUCUCAACACAUCUCAGGAUAAAGAUGAUUCGGUUUUAUUAAUUCUCAGCAGUGAUGAAAGCCAGAAGUCUGAAAACAGUGAAAAUGAAGAGGACACCAUAUGUUUUGUUGAAAAUAGUGGUCAAAGGGAGUCACUGAAUGGAGACUCAGGAAAUAUGUCAAGUGACACUGCUUUGUUUGUAAUUGACACAACUCCUGGAGUAAGUGCGGAUAAAAAUUUUUACUUGGAAGAGGAAGACAAAGCUAGUGAGGCUGCCACUGAGGAAGAAAAUGAGGAGGGAGAGGAUGAAAAAAGUGAAGAUCUGUCAGACCAUGACAGACAUGAAGAUAAUGAGCUCAGUGAUGAAGAUGACUUACUGAAUAGCACAAAGUCUAAACUUCUGAAGUUGACAAGCAGCAGCAUAGACCCUGGUCUGAGUAUUAAGCAGUUGGGUGGCUUAUAUAUUAAUUUCAGUGCAGACAAACUACAGUCUAAUAAGAAAAUCCUGACACAGAUCAAGGAGAAAACAAAAAAUGAGUUUCUGCAGAAAACCAUCAUUACACCUGAUUUUGAAAAAAACUAUAGUGUCCCACCGUACAGAGAAUCAAAGUUUCAACUUCAGAAAAAACGAAGAGAAGAACGACAAAAAACAGCAGGCAAUGGCUGGUUUGGUAUGAAAGCUCCAGAAUUGACAAAUGAACUGAAAAACGAUCUCAAAGCACUGAAGAUGAGAGCUAGUAUGGACCCAAAACGGUUUUACAAGAAAAAUGAUAGAGACGGCUUCCCCAAGUACUUCCAGAUUGGAACCAUUGUUGACAAUCCUGCUGACUUCUACCAUUCACGAAUUCCCAAGAAAGAACGGAAAAGAACUAUUGUGGAAGAACUGCUGGCUGAUUCUGAGUUCAGAAAAUACAAUCGAAGGAAAUACUCAGAGAUCAUGGCUGAAAAAGCAGCAAAUGCAGCAGGAAAAAAGUUUCGAAAGAAGAAGAAAUUUCGCAAUUAG